GGGAAUUACACUUCAGUUUUCUUUCGACACCAAUUUCCAUCUCGCGCGUUCCAUUCUCUUUGCUGCAAAAAUUUUUCCAAUCGUCUUCGCAUUCAAGGUGGAGGGAAUUGAAUAUCUCUUCCAAUUUGUCGACGAUUGGGAAAGAGCUCCAAAAUCUCACUGCUUGGAAUAGCCGAAGGGUUAGGAGGAAGAAGACCAAAGCUAGAUCAGGCGGCGUUAUCCGGCGAUCCGCCGAAGAUGCUGCCGGACGCCGGCGGCGAAGAUGAGGACAAAUGGCUGGCCGAGGGGAUCGCCGGCCUCCAGCACAACGCUUUCUACAUGCACCGUGCUCUCGAUUCGAACAAUCUGCGGGACGCUCUAAAGUACUCGGCCCAAAUGCUAUCCGAGCUGCGCACCUCCAGGCUUUCCCCCCACAAGUACUACGAGCUCUAUAUGAGGGGGUUCGAUGAACUGAGGAAGCUGGAGAUGUUCUUUAAGGAGGAGACCAGGAGGGGAUGCUCUGUGAUUGAUCUGUACGAGCUUGUGCAACAUGCUGGGAACAUUCUUCCUAGGCUGUAUCUCCUCUGCACAGUGGGAUCUGUAUGCAUAAAAUCAAAAGAAGUUCCAGCAAAAGAUAUCCUUAAAGACCUUGUAGAAAUGUGUCGAGGUAUACAACAUCCUGUUAGGGGGCUCUUUCUGAGGAGUUAUCUCUGUCAAAUCAGUAGGGAUAAGUUGCCUGACAUUGGUUCGGAGUAUGAGGGGGAUGGUGACAGUUUUAUUGACGCUGUUGAGUUCGUGCUUCAGAACUUCACAGAAAUGAAUAAAUUAUGGGUUCGAAUGCAACAUCAGGGACCUAUUCGAGAAAAGGAGAGGCGGGACAAAGAGAGGAGGGAACUUCGAGAUCUUGUUGGGAAAAAUCUCCAUGUUCUUAGCCAAAUUGACGGCAUUGAUCUUGAUAUGUACAAAGAUACCGUGCUUCCAAGAGUGCUAGAACAAGUAGUUAAUUGCAAAGAUGAAUUGGCACAACAUUAUCUGAUGGAUUGUAUUAUCCAAGUUUUUCCGGAUGAAUACCACUUGCAGACGCUGGAAACAUUAUUAGGUGCAUGCCCACAACUUCAGCCGACUGUGGACAUCAUGACAGUCUUAUCUCAGCUUAUGGAUAGAUUGUCAAAUUAUGCUACCUCUAGCACCGAAAUUUUACCAGAAUUUCUUCAAGUAGAAGCUUUUGCUAAAUUGAGCAACGCCAUUGGAAAGGUCAUUGAUUCUCAGCCUGAGAUGCCUAUUUUUGGUGCCAUAACAUUAUAUGUCUCACUUCUUACAUUUACUCUUCGUGUACAUCCAGAUCGUCUUGAUUAUGUGGAUCAAGUACUGGGAGCAUGUGUUAAGAAACUGUCGGGCAAACCAAAAAUUGAGGAUAACAGGGCAACUAAACAAAUCGUUGCCCUUUUAAGUGCUCCAGUGGAAAAAUACAACGAUAUAGAUACAGCAUUAAAGCUCACUAACUAUCCCAGAAUCAUGGACCACCUUGAUAAUGGCACAAAGAAAGUCAUGGCAGUGGUUAUUAUUCAAAGCAUCAUGAAGAACAAUACCUACAUAUCUACUGCAGAGAAGGUUGAGGCAUUAUUUGAGUUAAUAAAAGGGCUUAUCAAGGAUAUGGAUGGAACUCAAGACGAUGAGCUUGAUGAAGAAGAUUUCAAGGAGGAGCAAAAUUCUGUCGCUCGCCUCAUUCACAUGCUGUACAAUGAUGAUCCAGAUGAGAUGCUGGAGAUCAUUCAAACAGUUCGGAAGCAUAUUCUUCUUGGAGGACCUAAACGCCUCUCUUUAACCGUACCACCACUAAUAUUUUCUGCUCUUAAGCUAGUGAGACGUUUGCAAGUCCAUGAAGGAGAUGAGGUCACUGAAGAUGUUCCUGCAACCCCUAAGAAAAUAUUUCAGAUAUUGAAUCAGAUUAUUGAGGCGUUAUCAUCUGUUCCUUCUUCUGAACUUUCCUUAAGGUUGUACUUACAAUGCGCAGAGGCUGCCAACGAUUGUGAUCUUGAACCUGUUGCAUAUGAAUUUCUUACUCAAGCGUUUAUAUUAUAUGAAGAAGAAGUUGCAGAUUCAAAAGCCCAAGUGACGGCAAUACAUUUAAUUAUCGGAACCCUUCAGAGGAUGACUGUAUUUGGAGUUGAGAAUAGAGACACACUAACUCAUAAGGCCACAGGGUAUUCCGCAAAACUUUUAAAAAAGCCUGAUCAAUGUAGAGCAGUUUAUGCUUGUUCGCAUCUUUUCUGGGUUGAAAGUCAAGAUGGAAUCAAGGAUGGAGAAAGAGUUCUUCUAUGCUUAAAGCGUGCACUGAGAAUCGCAAAUGCUGCCCAGCAAAUGGCCAAUGUUACAAGGGGUAGCAGUGGUCCCGUCACAUUAUUUGUUGAAAUACUCAACAAGUAUCUGCACUUCUUCGAGAAAGGAAAUCCUCAGAUCACAAGCUCUGCAAUCCAGGGUCUGAUUGAACUGAUCAUGACGGAGAUGCAAAGCGACAGCUCGCCCUCAGAUCCUUCGACGGAUGCUUUCUUUUCGAGCACGAUUCGUUACAUUCAGUUUCAGAAGCAGAAAGGUGGUGCCAUGGGCGAAAAGUACGAGCCAAUCAAGAUUUAGAAGUGCGAUGCGGUGAUGAGAGAGGUUUGGCUUCCUGAAAAAAAAAUCCUACCGGCAUUCUCAUAUUAUUGUCAAAUUUGAGUGAUAAAAUAAUGUAAAUUGUGUUAUAUUUUGUGCCGUCUUCAUUAAUUUUGAUGUAUUUCUUUCCUAAGUUUCUGCUGUCCAUGCUGAAGUUGAUUUAUUGUAGUAUUGUGAGUGUCAGUAAUUUGAAGGACACUGUUAGUCGAUAUUUCUGAUGCUUAAUUAGGCUUUCACUUGCCGUUUUCGAAGAAUAAAAUCUCUACUCUUGCUGAAAUCAUGUGGAG